GGGAGAGGGCUGCCAGUUGUUCCCCUGAAAGCACUGACACACGGCUGGUGAAGCACCAAGACACCAACAUGAGAAUAACACUGAUUCCCGUAUUGUUUGUCCUGUCUGCUGCUUGUGUCCCUGCCCUCUGUGGCAAAGAGGAGCCUCCUGUUCUCCAGCUCGGGGCCUCGGCUGAAACCCGCUCCCAUUUUGCUGCUCUGGAUGAUGUGCGUCUCCUGGCGAAUGGCCUCCUCCAGCUGGGCCAGAGCCUGCGGGAGUUUGUGCAGAGGACGAAGGGACAGAUAAACGACAUCCUGCAGAAGCUUAACAUCUUUGACCGCUCGUUCUACCAGCUGUCAGUGCUCACCAGUGAAAUCAAGGAGGAAGAAGCAGAGCUGAAGAAGACCACUGUGGUACUGAAGGCCAACAACGAAGAGAUCAAAGGCCUGAGUGUUCAGAUCAACUCCAAGUUGGACAGCGUCCUGCAGGAGAAGAGUCGACUGCAGAACAAAGUGGAGGGCCUGGAGAAGAAGCUGAGCAGUCUGUCGCAGGGCCUGGUGACCAGCGAACAAGUGGCAGAGAUCAAUGGCCUUAGGGAUGUGAUCCACAGCCAGGAGCAGAGCAUCAUGGAGCUGCUUAAGGCUGUGAGGGAACAGAGCGACCAGAUCAACCACCAGAAGACGAAGAUCAAGAUUCUGGAGGAUAAGCUAACAACCAACACAUUAGCCCAGGAGACCAUUGAGAGGAUGCCUGAAAUCUUCAACACAGAAGCACCCACACUCACCCCUUUCCUGACCUCAAGCUCUAGCAGCACCACCGAAAUGAUGAAUCUGCCGUCAGACUGCAGUGAGCUGUUCAACAGAGGGGAGCGAGUCAGUGGCGUCUAUGCCAUCAGACCCAACGGAUCGGAGCCCUUCAUGGCCUUUUGUGACAUGAACAAAGACUACGGAGUAACAGUCAUCCAGCGAAGGAGGGAUGGUUCAGUGAAUUUUGAUCAAACCUGGGAGAAGUAUGACAAUGGGUUUGGAGAUUUUCAAGGAGAGUUUUGGCUGGGUCUCAGGAAGAUCCACUCUCUAGCUGCUCAGGGAAACUGUGUCCUUCACAUCCAGCUGGAUGAUUGGAAACAGGGCAGACGCUUCAUGGAAUACAGAUUUUACCUUGAUGGUCCAGAGAGCAACUACAUCAUUCACCUCACGCAUCUGUCUGGAGAUUUGCCGGACCUCAUGGGCAACCACACAGGCAUGAUGUUCUCCACCAAAGACAGGGACAAUGACAACCACCAGGACUUCAACUGUGCCCACAAUUACACAGGUGGAUGGUGGUUCAAUGCCUGCGGAGACACCAACCUGAAUGGGAGAUAUUUCCACAUGAGACCAAAGGGGCGUUCAGAGCGUAGGAGAGGAAUUCACUGGAAGCCCACCCGGAAAGCUUCCUACUCCCUCAAGCUCACCCAGAUCUCUGUCCACCCUGUGGCUCCACCCUCCUCCACUUCAGCUUCCUCUGAGACAGAUGUCUUUCUCUGAUCCAGCUUCAACAUU